AUGAGCUGGAAAGGGUUUACCAAGCAGGUGGCACGCGCUCCGCAGACAGUCAAGCAGAAAUUCAACCUUGGAGACAUCUCCAAGGAUCCAGUCUACAUCGAUGCCGAGCGACGCUUCCAAGAGCUGGAAAGAGAGACCAAGAAGCUCCACGACGAGUCGAAAAAGUACUUUGAUGCUAUCAACAACAUGCUCAACCACCAGAUAGAGUUCAGCAAAGCAUGCGCUGAAAUAUACAGACCUAUUUCAGGUCGCGUAUCCGACCCGGACUCUUUCGUACAAGAAGGCAACCCUGAGGGUAUAAGAGCGUGUGAAGAGUAUGAAGAGAUUGUCAGAGAACUCCAAGGCACGCUUGCUCCAGAGCUCGAGAUGAUUGAGUCACGUGUUAUCAAACCCGCCGACGAGCUGCUCGAGAUUAUUAAGCAGGUGCGCAAGAUAGCGACCAAGCGCGACCACAAGCAGCUCGACUACGAUCGUCAUCGAGCAACUUUGAAGAAGCUACAGGACAAGAAAGACAAGACUCUAAAGGACGAGAAGGCGCUAUACAAGGCUGAGAACGACGUUGAGGUAGCCACGCAGGAUUACAAUUACUUCAACGAGCUGCUCAAGUCAGAAUUGCCAAAGCUCUUCCAACUGGAGCGUGAGUUCAUCAAGCCUCUGUUCCAGAGCUUCUACUAUAUGCAGCUCAACGUGUUCUACACAUUGCACGAGCGCAUGCAGAACAUCGACAUUGGCUACUUUGACCUGACCCUGGACAUCGAAGCGGCCUUCGAGAAAAAGAGGGGCAACAUACAAGAGCAGGCCGAGGCUCUUGCCAUCACAAAGUUCAAGACCACCGGCGGUCGACUGAAGGGGCAGAGCAAAUAUGCCUCAAAACCUCUAGCCAUUGAAGCCGGCUCUUCGACGACCACUGCGGGAAGAAGUAAAUACGAGGCCAUUUACGGAAAGCUACCGUCAUCUUCGACUUCGACGCCUUCCACCCCAGCCAUCACACAGCAUGGCGAAGAGGGUGACCCGAAUCCCCCACCUCCUUACAGCCCGGUGAGCCCAGCCUCCGCCAGCCUAGCGGCUGCAGCACACAAGAAGGGCCCAGCUCCACCGCCUCCAAAACCAAAGCCGGCACGGCUUAGUGGUCAUCAUGUCGAGACCGUGACAGCUCUGUACGACUACGAAGCUCAAGCCGACGGCGACCUUAGCUUCACCACUGGUGACGUCAUCGAGAUCGUCAGCCGGACAGCAAACACGAAUGAAUGGUGGACGGGCAGGAUUGGUAACCGGCAAGGACAAUUUCCAGGCAAUUACGUGCAGCUGAAUGGCUAG